UGAGUACGUAAUAUCUUACACGGAAAUAAUUCAUAAACCAUAUUUUAUUUUAGUAUAAAUUAUACUACGUGGCAUUUCCGGGUUCAAACUAUACAUUAAAUCUUUCUACAUAUUAGUAUUAAAAAAAAAACUUAUUACAUAGUUAUGAAAAAAUUAAAAAACUUCAAUUAAUUCAAUAUAAAGUCCAAAUAGCAUGCGCGUGUUUCUGCGCGCAUAUCUGGUGUUCGGAUAAACAAUUAUCAUCUGGCUAUCGUAUUAGCAAUUCACUGCCGGUUAAAGUGUCAUAGUCAGCAGGUUAACCAAAGAUGGAAGUACGAACAGAAUUAAUCUCGCAUCUUCGUGAAAAAUUUUUUAAAAAAUUGGAUGACGAGGGACCACCAGAUCCUAAGUUUCACCCUGCAGAUAUUGCUAGAGUAAAAGAAAAUAACAAUUGGUUAAGAAGGUUUUUAGAGCACAAUGAAAACAAUAUACAAGAAUCCCUUAAUAUGUUAUGGGAUACUUGCAUUUGGAGAAGUAAAUUUGGCACAAAUGAGAUUACAGAAGAAAAUGUAAGAAAAGAUUAUUUAGAUAUUGGAUUGUGCUUUAUUCAUGGUAAAGAUAAAGAUGGUAAAACAAUGUUUGUUAUUAAAUGUAGUUUACAUACUAAAGGAAGUAAAGAAUUUAAUCAAUUACAAAAACUUGUUGUAUAUUGGUUUGAAAGAUUAGAAAGAUUAACUAAUGGCAAUCAAAUAUCACUUUUUUUUGAUAUGUCAGAUACUGGUAUUUUAAAUAUGGAUAUGGAAUUUAUCAAAUAUUUAAUUAACCUUUGCAAAAGUUACUAUCCCAAUUUUUUAAAUUAUAUUAUUAUUUUUGAAAUGCCAUGGAUAUUAAAUACUGCAUUUAAAAUUAUAAAAUCAUGGUUACCACCUAAAGCAAUUCCAAAAAUUAAAUUUGUACAUAAAGGCAACAUACAUGAAUUAGUUGAUCCUAAUGAUGUACUUACAUGUUGGGGUGGUAGUAAUGAAUAUCUCUUCAAAUUUGUAUCAGAAGCACAAAAUAAUAUAGAUACUACUAUGAAUGGUAAAUUUGAUAGUAGAAAAGUACAUUUUGCAGAAGGUUCUCCAUUAACAGAACAAUCUCCAAGUGGUUUUGGGGAACAAUCAACUGAAGACCAAUUAUUAUCUAUUGAACCAGAUGCAGUUAUUUUUAACAAAUCAGGAAAUGAAAUUGGUGGAUCAAUUUUACUUAAAAAUGUGACUAGUGAUAAACCUUUAUCUUAUAAAGUAAAAACCACAUCACCUGGAAAGUUUAGAGUACGACCAAGUUCAGGAAUUUUAUUACCUCAAGAACAACGCUCAAUUUCAGUUGUUGUACAACAAGAACAUAAUGUACGUGCACUUUUACAUGUUGAUAAAUUUUUAGUUAUGUGCCUUCCAUUAAAAGAUCCAAAUACAUCUGCUCAAGAGUUAGCAGCUCUAUGGAAGUCUGAAAAACCAGCAGAAGAACAUAAAUUAAAAUGUUGCUAUGGUGGAAUUAUGAAUAAUGAAGUAUUAAAAUUAAAUUCCAUAUCUGGAAUAUCAGAAAAUAGUCAAAUAGAUACACUUUCGCGUAAGAUAGCACAUUUGAAAGAAAGUAAUACAAAGAUGCAUAGUGAAGUUGUAUUUCUAAAGCAUUUGCUAUUACUUUCUAUGAUAGUUACAAUUACAGUGGCCAUAAUAAUUGUUUAUAUUUUAAAAAUUGAUAUUAAAAAUUCUAUGGAUCAACAUUCUAGAAUGGAUCAAGCUUGUGACAUUCAUCAUGAGAUAUAGGUUAAUGAAAUAGUUAUUUAUUUGAUUUAUAUUUAUAAAUAAUAAAACUUUUAAUUGUUACAUAUUUAUGUUCAUGCAGCGAUUACAACUUUUUUAUAUCGAUUUUUACUAUGUCUAGUUUAUAUUUGUUUUUCACUUUUGUUAAAAAAAAUUAUAUAAAAUACGCGUGUUUUCGUUAUCAAUAUGAAAGAAAUCAAUUGUUAUUUUUUGUGUAUGAUAUUUAAAAAGAAAUGUAUUAUUAUUACUAAAAAAAAAAUAUAUAUAUCAAUAAUUAGAAUUAUUUUUAUAACAUUUUACACGUGUUCUACAUACAAUUUGUACAAUCUAUUUUUCUUGUAAUUUAAUAAUCAAAAUUAUAUAUAUAUAUUCAAAUUAAAUUUUCAAAUCUUCUUAGUUAUUUAUUUACAUAAUUCAUUUAAUAUAUUAAAUUUAUCUAUCUUACAUAAUGUAUGAUGUAAAAAUAAUUAUAUUAAAUAUAAACAUAACUAUUUUAUUCGUAAUAAUUUUAUAAAAUGUGUUAAUAAAUUAUAUAUUUAAUAGAAAUAGUUAUUAUUUAACUAUAUAUUUUUAUUAAAAAUUACUAAAUAUUAUAAACUUAUAAUAUUAUAUUUAUUGUUUGUUAAUUAAUACAUUCACUAAAUAUAUAUAUUUUAUGCUUGAAAAUCUUUAUAUGUGAAUGCAUAGUAUAAAAUAAAAAAAAAUAUAUAAAGAUAUAUAUAUAUAUAUAUAUGAAAUAUAAACUAGAUUAAAUAUUAAUCAAGAUAUAUACAUUUUAUUUUUGAUUUUUUUAAUGUAUUAACAUUUCAAUAAAAUAAUCUAAAAUGAAUUAAUAUUUUGUUAAAUGAUAAAUAAUUAAAUAAUUUUUUAUAAAAUUUAAAUAAAAAAAAUUUUACUAUAUACAUUCCGAUAAUUGUAUAUAUAGUUAUCUUUUUGUUAUUACAAUUUUUAAUACAUAAUAUUGGUUAUUAUAUCAUUUAUAAAUCAUUAAAAAAAGUAAUAAAUAAUAAUCUUUUAUACAUACAUACAUGAGUGUUGAUUUCCCCAUUAAAACUUUUAAUCAUUUCCCUUCCCGUUAACAUAACUUUCCCGCUCUUUUCGCAUGGCGUCAGAUUCUUUUUUGUUUCAUCAAUAUAUAUAUAUCUCUAUUUGCAAGUAUAUAAAAAAAAGUUUAAAGUCAAUGUUGUCAAAUUAUGUUUACUAAUAAUAUUGUAUUAUUAAAUUAGUUUAAUAAUUGCAUAUUAAACAUAUACUUUAUUAAGCGAAAGCUUAAUAUGUGCAAAAUAAUAAAUUAAUUGGUAAGGUCUAGAUAAAUUUAAUGCCCGGAAGUACCUAAAACGACAGUCGUCCGGUGUAAACAUGACGAGUGACGCGUACCAGUGCGCAGCUACCAACGCGCAGCAUUUGAACAUUCAUAGUUCGAUCGGCCAUAUUGUCCUCCGGGUCUUACACAACGCCCUCACACGAACAUUCUCGACUUUACGAGGUAAGCGAAUAUUUCGAGGUUUCGUGCAGCAAGCGAACUUAGCACAACGUGGAAACUUGAUUCCGUGUGAAGAAAGACGAUUUUAAGCGAUAUUUGAAGAGACUUGUGGCCGCCGGUCGCGAACAAAACGCAAAAGAUUGGUAAGUUAUCUGUAGCACGUAGCAGAACGAACAGUAUUCCCUUCCGUUGCGUCCUCCAUAUUGAUGACAGC